AUGCCUAUGGGGGACAUUUAUAUUGCACGCCUUCGUCCUUGCCAUUGGGUAAUUGGAGGCACCGUUGGCUACACCCAAGUCUUGAAACAUCUUCUCUCCGCCAUCACUCACUUCUUCUGCAAUAUACUCAUAAUGGUCUCCGAUUGUGGCAAUGGCGGCAAUGCAUACCUAUCCUUGCGGUUAUCGUGUGAUCGGUGCCGUUUGCAAAAGCUAAAAUGCUCCGUGCCGGCGGGUGCCAAAACUUGCCAACGAUGCACGCGAGCUAGAGUCCCUUGUAUAUUUGGACGCAGAUCAGCAUCGUCGACAAAGAACUCUUGCAAACGAAAAGACAAAGAACAAGACCGCUUGUCCACUCCUCCAUCCCAAACGUCAAACGAGACGGACGCUGGUAUUAUCACACCUCCUGUCUCAACUGUGUCGACCAUGUCGCCCCCCCUUCUCCCAUGUACCAACUUGUCCAACGUCAAAUACGAUAUGACGAACGAUAACGGAUCUCUCGGUGACGAUACAGUAUCGAUGAAACUCCUUGGAGUAAAUCUCGAUUAUUCGAAAGGGGCUGAUGAUGGAUUCACAUUCGAUUGGUUACAGCCGUUUGACAUGGAUGCCAGUAACACGUUCGACGUUGAGCACGCGCAGACCAAUUUCACUUUCGAGUCGUCGCCAUCGAGCCUUGGUAGCUAUCAAAUGCACCGGCUACCCACAGAUGCCAUGGUUGUAGACAAUAUUGCGGCGACCAGCCUGUCCGGAGACCAGCGUCUUAUGUCUCUUGUUGCUGAGAUCCAGCAGCAACUAUGGAAACUGGAACAGCUCCCGUGGAAUGCGGAAAGCAGCCAAUGCAGUUUAGAGACGUAUCCAAUUGGCAGCAUACUUGACCUAUCACGGCAAUUCCGUGAUACGGUCGAAGUGACUUUUAACAACGCAAGUCAGAGCGGCGUCGGUGGCGACCAUCACACCAAUAACACCUCUCCUGCUGCGCCAACCAUUCUCCUGGUCAUGUGCGGUUAUAUAUGGCUUAUGCGCCUUUACAACAUUGUACUUGACGAUUUCAAAAGACAUUUAAAUUACAUACCAAGUGAACAAGGUGUGGAAGUGGGGGCCCAUGGGAUCGGCAAUCGCGCCGUCGCUGGCGAUCUUGGAGGCGGGAACACCACGCCUGGUGGGACUAGUACGCUUCGCUGGGGAGACUUGACUAGUAUAGAUGCCGCCAUUGGUCUGCAUCAAAUGUCUAAUGCUGUUAGAAUGAUGUUAAGUAUGCUUCAAGACAUCGAGAGCAAGCUUGGUAACGGCGCUGCUGCCGCUCGAGACACAGCAAUGAUUAUGCUUAUCAACUUGGGCAGGAUGCAAGAGAGCAGCUCCGACGGAUUUAGUCAAAAAGCCAUCAUGGUGAAAAACCUUUUGCGCGAAAGAAUCGGCCUAUAG